GGGAGAAAGAUGGCAGCAGAGAAAACCAGUAAGUUGUCUGAAGCAUAUCCCAUGAAAGCUGGAGAUGGCCCCAACAGCUAUGCCAAGAACUCCGCUUACCAGAAAGGUGUUGUGGGUGCUGCCAAAGAACUUCUAAACAGGGCAAUUAGAGAUCUUUCCGUCCUCCAACACCUUUCACAUUGCAGACUUGGGCCAAAUACAUUUCUUUCUGUUGAAAACAUACUUGAAGCUGUAGAAUUUAAGUAUCAAGGCCAAGGCUUCAAUUCUCAAAUCCUGGAAUUUCAAGUUUUCUUUAAUGAUCACACUCCAAAUGAUUUUAACAUGCUUUUCAAAUCCCUCCCUCAAAGCAGGCAAUACUAUGCUGCGGGUGUGCCUGGUUCUUUCUGUGGUCGUAUAUUUGCUAAUGCUUCCAUUCACCUUGUUCACUCUUCUUAUGCCCUUCAUUGGCUUUCUAGAGUACCAAAAGAGAUAGUGGACAUAGACAGUCCUGCUUGGAACAAAGGACGAAUCGAUUACUCAAAUUCCACAGAGGAAGUAGUAAGGGCUUAUGAAGCUCAAUAUGCCGAGGACAUGGAGUGCUUCCUGCAUGCCAGGGCACAAGAGAUUGUGUAUGGAGGAUUGAUGGUACUUAUCAUUCCAGGCCGCCCCAAUGGUACCCCUCAUUCUCUGACUCUGUUAAAUGCGGUCCAUCAACUUUUGGGAUCUUGCCUCAUGGACUUGGCUAGGAAGGGAGUAGUUAGGGAAGAGAAAGUAGAUUCUUUUAAUAUACCUAUCUAUAACACGUCUCCUCAAGAACUGGAAGCUGCCGUAGAGAAAAAUGGUUGUUUUAGCACAGAGAAAAUGGAAAACUUACCUCGUAUCUCGGCACUUGACAUUGACAAUGUUACUAGACGUGCCCAACUAAUUGCAUAUCAUAUUAGAGCUACCACAGAGGGACUCAUCAAGCAGGAAUUUGGAGAUGAAAUCUUAGAUGAGCUCUUUGGCUUGUAUAGUAAGAAACUUGAACAGCAACCAUCAAUCUUUGAGUCAGGGAAGGCAAUUAACUUUCUUCUUGUGCUCAAACGCAAUGCAAAUUGA